UGAAUCAGUUCAUUUCGUCGCAGUUGAGGAGAAAGUGCACGAGGAAAUGUAGGUGAAGAGAGGAAAAUGGUCUUCUGCGAUGUCAGACUCCAAAAACCCUAAGCAGAACAGAACUGACGAUAAGAAAGUACGUCCAAUGGAGAGCAUGGGAAUUGAUCUCGCUUCAAACACGAAUUCAUAAACAAGCUGCGCAAGAGAGACGUAAAGAAACUGAUUUCUCGUGAAGUCGAUGGCAUCGGCAAAGACAAGGAACCGAAAACAAAUAUAGACAUCGGAGAGCUGAGUAUGGACGUUUCGUCAUCCGGUACUUUGUCGUACUCCGGUGGCUCUUCGGAUGAUGGAGCAAAGCCGAUCGAAGUACCGGUAUCCGGCGGGGUCGGAGGAGGAGGAGAAAAGGGACGGAGCUUUGCACGUCCAUCGCAAAGUUCUAUAUCGGUGAUCGGACGGCGGAGAGUUAUGGAGGAUGCGGUGAGAGUGGCACCGAGGUUCGCUGCACCGGGACAGUACUGCGAUACGUACGAUUUCUUCGCGGUGUACGACGGGCACAACGGGGACACGGUAGCGAACGCGUGCCGGGAUAGAUUGCACUUGAUUCUGGUGGAGGAGGUGGAACGGUGGUGGAGGACGUGCGGGGGCCGGGGAGUGGACUGGGAAAAUGCGAUGGUGGAGUGCUUCGCGAAGAUGGACGAGGAGGUGAACGGCGGUGGGACAGACGACGGAGCAGCGAGAACGGUGGGAUCCACGGCGGUUGUCGUGUUAGUGGGGAAGGAGGAGGUGGUCGUCGCCAAUUGCGGAGACUCAAGGGCGGUUCUGUGUCGUGACGGUGUAGCCGUGCCUCUAUCACAUGAUCAUAAGCCUGAUCGACCUGAUGAAAGGGAGAGAGUGGAAGCAGCAGGAGGAAGGGUCAUAGAAUGGAACGGCUCUCGUGUCCUCGGCGUCCUUGCCACUUCAAGAUCUAUAGGAGACCACUAUUUGAGGCCAUAUGUGAUUUCCGAACCAGAGGUCACUGUCACAGAGCGAACUGAGUCCGACGACUUCAUUGUAAUAGCCAGUGAUGGUCUCUGGGAUGUUAUCUCCAACGAGCUUGCCUGCAAGGUCGGACAGAUUUGUCUCAAUGAUGGUCGUGUCAAGAGGAAGUUUUCAUAUGAUUUGAAUGGAAAUUGUGCAGCAGAUGCAGCAGCAGUGUUAGCAAAGCUAGCAAUGGCUCGGGGGAGCAAAGACAAUAUCAGUGUUAUAGUUGUGCAGCUGAGGAAGUCGCGCUAGCUUCCCCCGACUUUCUUGUUAAUUUAUAUGCGGGGCUCGCUUUGCGUUUUCACUUAAUUCCAUGCAGUACAGCUAGAGGUUUUCUGUUUUGCUUUGUUUUUCGAUUUUGUAAUCAUAAAGAACUUCUUAUAUAAUAAAAACAUCCCUCGACCUCCAUUGAGAUUUUAUCUACCAA